AUGUUGGAUUUUCCUGGCUCCUGGUCCCUGUCACCCACCAUUCCCCCAGUAACUGUCCAGUGGCUGCUCAGGGAGGUGGUCCAGAUAGACCAGUUCCUCAAGGAGACGGCAACCCGCGAGGCCAACGCCAAGGUGCGGCUGCCGCAGUUCAUCGAGGAGCUCCUGGACCGGGCCGACCGGGCGGAGAAGCAGCUCCAGAUCAUAAGCAGCAGCUGCAGCACCACCCCCAACGGCAGCCUGGGCCGGGGCAGCGGGGCUGGCUCCAAGGGCUCCAGCCGACCGCGGGACCGGCACGCUGGCCCUGGGGCAGCGAUCCACAGCUCCUACGCCGUUGCCAAUCAGCGAACCUCCUCCAGCACCGGGGCCUCCAGCCGGGCGAAGGCCGUCUCCCAGAGCUCGGGCUGCUACGACAGCGACGGCGCCGAGCUGUACCAGCUGGAGGAGAACCCCGACGGGCACCCCUCCCCCGGCGGGCAGAGCCGGGGCGUGGACAGCGGCUUCGAGCGGCCCGCGGCGGCCCGCAGCUCGGGGCUCCGCAGGCAGGCCAUCCAGAACUGGCACCGCCGGCCGUACCGCAACAGCACCGAGGGGGGAGAGGGGGACAUCUCGGACGUGGGCUCCAGGACGACCGAGUCGGAGGCGGAGGUGUGGGAGCACGACCCCCGCCUCCCGGCGGAGGUGAAGGUGGCAGGGCCGCCGACCGGCUGCCGGCUGCCCGGCAGGUCCGAGGGGGGCGGCGGGAAGGCCCUCCGGCCCGAGAGAGGCAGCCCGUCCCGCUCCAACGAGGUGAUCAGCCCGGAGAUCCUCAAGAUGCGAGCGGCGCUCUUCUGCAUCUUCACCUACCUCGACACCAAGACCCUGCUGAAAGCUGCGGAGGUCUGCAAGGACUGGAAGUUCGUGGCACGCCACCCUGCCGUGUGGACCCGGGUGCUGCUGGAGAACGCCAGGGUGUCGUCCAAGUUCCUGGGCAUGCUGUCGCAGUGGUGCACCCAGACGCACUCGCUCACCCUGCAGAACCUGAAGCCGCGGCUGAGGGGGAAGAAGGAGAGCAAGGAGGAGUACAUGAAAAGCACCCGGGGCUGCCUCGAAGCCGGGCUGGAGUCCUUGCUGAAGGCCACGGGCGGGAACUUGCUCAUCCUGCGCAUUUCCCACUGCCCCAACAUCCUGACGGAUCGCUCCCUCUGGCUGGCCAGCUGCUACUGCCGGGCGCUUCAAGCCGUCACCUACCGGAGCUCCACAGAUCCUGUGGGCCAUGAAGUCAUCUGGGCACUGGGAGCCGGCUGCAGGGACAUCAUCUCGCUACAGGUGGCGCCACUCCACCCUUGCCAGCAGCCGACCCGUUUCAGCAACCGCUGCCUUCAGAUGAUCGGCCGAUGCUGGCCACAUUUAAGAGCGCUGGGCGUCGGCGGCGCGGGCUGUGGCAUUCAGGGACUGGCUUCUUUAGCUCGGAACUGCAUGCGGCUGCAGGUGCUGGAACUCGACCACGUGACGGAAAUUAACCAGGAGGUGGCGGCGGAGGUGUGUCGGGAGGGCCUGAAGGGCCUGGAGAUGCUGGUGCUGACCUCCACGCCUGUCACCCCCAAAGCCCUGCUGCACUUCAACAGUGUCUGCCGGAACCUCAAGUCCAUCGUGGUCCAGGUGGGCAUUGUGGACUACUUCAAGGAGCCAAACAGCCCCGAAGCCAGGAAGAUGUUUGAAGAGAUGGUGAACAAACUCCAGGCCCUGAGGAAAAGACCCGGCUUCUCAAAGAUUUUACACAUUAAGGUGGAAGGAGGAUGUUAGCCCUGCAGGGAACAACAACACACAACCUCCUCCGUCCACAUGAGCCACAGAGACACUGAAACCAAACCCGCCGUCCGCUCUUCGUUCGCCACAGAAGAGCCGACUAACGCACACAACUCGUGACUGGAAGUGACCCGUUCCCUCGCCGGAACAGGGUACAUAGCGUGUCGCGCACGUGACGGUGCUACGAAGGUAGCUCCUCAGCCUGCCGGAGAGGGCCUGGCUGCUCUCUUUCUGACUGAGGAACUAGGCCGGAAACCCCGUUGCCAAGGAGCUUUGUGUUGGGGACGUUUCUUUGCGCCCAGCUUUCGUGUCGUGGGAGCUGGGGAGCUCGGUGACUCGGCGGGCGACCCAACCAAGCACAGCUUCCCUCUCCUUGCCACUUGCUGGAGGAGUGUAAGGCUGAGGUGGAGCCGGGCCCCAAGUCGGCGAUACGCCACCGGGAUCGCUAAGCAACGCCGGGGAAGCCAAGACUCCCUCCACAGACUUUCUUCAUGUGUGGCUUGACUGAGUCCCAGCUCCCCUCUGAGCUCCGUUGCCACAAGGAGGUGAACCAAGCCCCAGCAUUACUGUAUAUUUUACACUUUUUAAUUUAUCCCACAUGGGUAAGUGCCUCCCUCGAGCCAGCAGCCACAACAGCACAACCACUGCAGCCACCAAAUGCAAAGCUCCUUCUUCUCUUGGCCCAUGGGGCACUUUGGGAAGCUAGCCGGCAACACGCCGGCUAGCCGCGCCUUCACCAAGGACAUCCAUCCAGCCUCGUCUCCUCUGCGCCCAGCGAGGAAGCCAAACUCCCUUCCUGCAAAGGCAAUAAACCGUCUCAUCAGGGGAACUACGUGGCGUCUGCUGUGCCGUCACAAGCAUCCCCUGGCUCGCCCCCAGGCGUCCAUCUCCCACGCAGCAGUGCCUGCUGGGGUAAAUUGCCCGUGGUGGACGAAGAGACGGACAAGUGCCUGGGAGAGGAGCCAACGUCGCCCGGAACACAGACAGACUUCCGUCGCGGCACAUCUCUCCCCAGCCAGCUGUAAGUUACACACACCCUGUGGCUGAAAUUCUGGUCCCCAAAGAUCUACAGUAGGUAACGAAGCCCCCUGCCUUGAUCAGUGAUGGCGGCCCUUGAGCUAUUCUUUACACGCAGGCACCAUUUCGUACCACACCCGCUCUUUUUGCAAACGUUGAUCUUAUGACUGGGGAGGAGAACUCGCUCCCUCCACGGGAAACAGCUUCUUGAGUGUCUAUGUCACUUUACCCUCCGCCUCCAGAGAGAAGCAGCCGGCGGGUUUCCAUGCCACGGGUGACACCUAUAGGAGCGCUGCUCUCACCAGGGAGAUGCAACCGCUCUGAUCUUCAGAAAGCAACAAUCGCCCUGCAGGUGCAGUCAGCGCUCGCGCCGUGAUCGAGAGCCCCGCUUCCUUGCCGUAACAAGGGAUGGUGCGGUACCCGGGGUGAAAGCACCGUGACUUCUGGAGGCAGAGAAACUAGCUGACCUAGGUGGUGGAGGUGGGACUUGUCUGGGCUGAUAUUAAGAAGCCAUCAGCCACCCAGGGUGGGACUUUGGCUGGUUUGAGUCUCUCGCAGGAUAACGGGUGUGGUGGCAGUUCCAAACGCCAGGGGCACCUUUCUCUUCCAUCCGCCUUUCGUCAGGUGACCAACAGGGGUGGCACCUUCCCCUUUGUAGGAACAAAAAGAUGGUUGGAGGCCUUCUGGGCCAGCAGGACUAGCUGUGAUGAACCAGGACAGCUUCCUACACACUGGUGUGUCAUGAGAGCACCAGUCUCAGAAGUUCAAGAAAGAAUCUAGGUGUUAAUCCAAGACCAGCCCAAACCCACUUCACCCCUGGUUAUCUCCGUCACACGCACCCUACACUUCAAGGGCAGGCUUUCAAAAUCCCAAACCAGAUCCUGCUCUGAAUUUUGCAAACAGGCUCUCCCUUUGUAACAAGCUGAGCCAAACUCCCCAAUCAAAACGCCCAUUUUUGAAAUCCAGGGUGUUUGAAAUCCAGACCCAGUCUUUAUGGGGCUCAAGUCAAGCCCUCGGCUGGAUUUAAUUUGUCCCUCUGAAAGCGGGAUGGGUGAGUUAGGGUUUGUUUUUGUAACACACAACUCUAGAUCAGGGACACCCCAAACUUCACAUGCUGACAGUAGCUUUGCAGGAGCAUGGGAACGUCGCUUUGAAUGGAGCCAGAGAAGAAGCAAAGGAGAUGACCAAUCCCAGUAUGCAGUGCGCCAUGCUGCUCUAUAGUGGCUUCAAGUUGGAACCAUUGCAUGCUGGGAUUUGUAGUCACCCUGGGCCUUUGGAAAAAUAACCUUGCUCAUAUUGUUGAACUCCGUAGGGCAGGCCUACCGCUGUCUUCUCUGCCUGGGAAGGAAAUGAGAGAGGACUUUUAAGCAAAUCCACAGGCAGAGGCGGCAGGAAGGAUGCCACAACCAGCAAAAAAAGAGAAGCUACAAUACAGAGGAAAGGGACACACGACACAGACCGAAAAGCCACAUUUUGCUACCUUUUAACAUGAGUCAAUCCAAGUGGCCACCGCUCCUGUAAAUGGAGCUGUCCCCCCUGCACUGUGCAGAGACUAUGGAGUGACCUUAAAAGAAACAAAGUAAGUAUUUAUUUCUGUAAACAAAACCAGAGAAGAUUUUAAAGAAAAAGUAUAUACGCCGCAUGUUUAUACAUACUCUGUGCUUCAAGACGAUCCUAUUUGAGCGUCCUGUCCGAAGAUUGACGAAUCUUGCUGCUAGCACCAUUAUUUUGCUGUCUCCAAUAUCAUUCGAGCUGCUUCCAAUAGCACAUCGGGAGGCUGCUCAUCUUGUCAGGGGAGUUAGGUAUGUUCUGUGGCUAGUUUCUUUCCUGGUUUGGGGGGAGGAGGGGCAACCGAAAACCCUUUGAAAAUGUUAUUUAUUGGUUUUGGAAAAGCCAGACUCUUUUUUUUUUUUUAGUAUUUUCUGCUUGUGGGUCACGGUGCAGUGGCGUGUGGUUCGUCUGUGACACAUCCCUUCCACGCCCCAUGCCCCUCACUCGGCUUCUGUGAAUCAUGGCAGUGCACCGUACUUUGAAUUUGUUACUUCGCUGUGCCACUCUUCCCCCGCCUCGGGGGACAAACAGGUCACGGGAUCAAACCCUCCUUCUGACUUUCCCUUUGUGUUCUGUGGAAAUCCUUUAAUAAAAAAACAACCCCCGGGCGUGCACGCACCCCUUUGGAACCAAGCCAAUCGUUGGGGCAUAUGAAAUGAAAUUGAAGCCGGUUAUAUAACUCCUACAGUAACAUCUGCAGUGCUUUGAAGUUGAAAAGCACAACAGCCAUUAGCUAAGUAUCCUCACUGCUCAAGUGCUGAGUUGCAUGGUACAAAUACUUCAAAGAGAGGCCAAUUUUUUUGGAAGGACGUUUUUCAUAGUUAGCCUGAGGGACUCGCUGCGGCAGAAGCUGGCUGCGGAGAGAGUCAGAGAACAGGACGCUGCAGUCUGUGACUCUGCCAUGACACAGUUGGAGAGGGGCCCGGUUUGGAACCCCGAAUCUGAGUGCCCCCAACCUGAGACGAGAUCUCAUUGCAAUGUGGGUGUGAAUUGCUGAACUGAAUUUGCAAGGCAGGAAAAUGAGAGAAAUUCCCCUCAGCACGGACUAGCUGUCCCUUGGCUUUGAAUAUGGGAUUCGGAACAGGUGCCAUAUGAAGAGAGAUUAAAAAGACUUGGACUUUUCAGAUUAGAAAAGAGGAGACUGGGGGGAUAGG